CUUGGGUUUGCCAUGUCAGCGCGCGCGUCACAGGCAGGCGACACCAGUGUGAAGAGAAAAGCGCGAUUGUUUCAAGUUUUUGCACGAGAUGUCUGACGUGAACGCCAACAGGAGGGACUUCGUCGAGGACGAGCAGUCGGACUGUCCUUCGGCUAAGUUGGACCUGAAGAAGCUGGAGGCACUGAAGAGGGUGCAGAAGUCGUUGUUCCAGAAGCAGCAGGAAGAGGCGGCGAGGAAGAAGAGGGAGGAAGAGGAGCAGAAUCGGAGGGCGCUGGAGGACGCGAUUCAGUCGUUCGACGUGAAGAAGAGUCGCGUGUCGCAUGCGACGAUGAUGUUCGUGUCUGGAGGCGUGUACGAUCCCGGAAACGAGGCGGCGGAGGGAGAGGGCGGCGGGGCGGGGCAGGUGGUGGAGUACAGGCUGCCCGAAAUGGAGGGGAGGGGAGAGAAGAAGAGGGAGAGGUGGGAACUGAGGGAGGAGGUGGACUACACGAGGCCCAAGGAGAUCGACUCGUUGUUGGAGGAGCUAAAGCGCGAGCACCAGGUAGGGGGAAAGAGGCAAGCGAGCGGCGAGGCGGCGAGGGCGGAGGCGAGGGCGGAGCACAGCAGGGUGGAGGGAGGUAAUGUAGACGUACACACAACGAAUUUAUGGGUGGGAAACAUAUCUAGUGUUGUAACGCCUGAAAUUUUGUCGGCCGAGUUUUCUCAAUACGGACAGGUACUGAGCUCUAAGGUGAUGGUGCCCUUGAGCGGAGAGGCGGAGGAGUCGGGCUGGAGGAAGAACACGUCGGGGUUUGUGUUGUUCGCUCGGCGAGAGGACGCCGAGCUGGCAAAAAAAGAGAAAGAAGGGACCGUGUUUUAUGGGACGACUAUCACGAUUUCCUGGGCAAAGGCGCCGGAACCUGCGAAGAUUGCGCGCCUGAUGAAACAGCUAGGUCACUCUAUGCACCAACCUGCGCUCUGCAAAUCGCCCGGUACAAAAAUUCAACAACCUGUCACGUCAACAACUUCUUCUCACAGUCCGGAACAACUGGCUCAAAUCCCGGCCGGUAUGCCGACCAUACUGGUGGAAUGGCCGCAACCCGAGCAACAAAUGCACAUCGACUCCUUGGCUGAGCAGGUCGCCCGUCACGGAGACCACGUCGAAAAAAACCUCGUCAUAACCGCUCGACAAAGCUAUCCUUCCCCUUACUCUUUCCUGCUCUAUCCGGGCUCCCUGGAACACAUCUACUACUCCUGGCGGCUGUACACCCUAAGACACGGAGAAACCCUAGCCGAAUGGAACGAGACCCCAUUCCAAAUGUUCGUCUGCGGCCCUUUCUGGGUUCCUCCCCUUCGUCUCACUCCCCCAAAACCCCCACCACCUUCCACUGUUCUCAACCUCAUCCCACCUCAUAUAUCCAACAAGGGAGAACUCCUCCUUGAUGCCGACCGGCGCACCUUCGAAAACAUGCUCCGUCCGCUCACCCUCUCCCGCAAAGACAUCAAGCAAGCCAUGAUCUUCGCCCUCACCCACUGCACCUCCGCUCCCGACAUCGUCCAAAUCCUCACCGAAUCCCUCCUGCUCAAACACACCAGGCUCAACAGCAAAAUCGCCCGCCUCUUCCUUCUCUCCGACAUACUCUACAACGCCGUCAAGAGCACCCGCGCCCACACCUCCUCCUACCUCUACAGCAUCGCCCUCCACGCCACGCUCCCUCAAAUCUUCCACGCCUUCAGCGAAAAACUCGAGUCCAUCACCGGCCGCAUCACCCGCAAAAAAAUUAUCGACUACCUCCUCUGCGUCCUCGACAGCUGGAAGACCCACAAACUCUACCCAGAAGAAUACGUCGACUCCCUCAAACUCCAACUCUUCAAAAAAAACACCGAACCAACGGACUCCUCAACCCCCCAACCCCCGCCAUCCGAAGACGACAUCGAUGGCGUCCCCAUCUCUCCCGACGACCUCUCCUCUCCUGAACACCCCAACGACAUCGACGGCGUCCCAAUCGACGAUGCCACCCUUCGAAAGCUCCUCGACUCUAUGUAAUAAUAUAUUAUUAUAAUAAUAAAAAGCCGAAAAUUGCCAAUACAAAA